UGCUCCUGGACAACCCACAUCAGCCUCUGGGAAAGCAUGUUUAAAAUGAAGAUUUCUCCCGGGGUUCGGGAAUCUACAUUUACUAAAUACUGCAGGUCUGGGACAGGUUUGGUACUCGCUUGUUUAGGGGUCUGCCUGGGAGUUACCCUUGCUGUGGAUAGAAGCAACUUUAAGACCUGUGAAGAGAGUUCCUUCUGCAAGAGGCAACGAAGCAUGCGUCCAGGCCUCUCUCCGUACCGAGCCUUGCUGGACUCUCUACAGAUUGGUCCUGAUGCCCUCACAGUCCAUCUGAUCAAUGAGGUCACCAAGGUAGUGCUGGUGCUGGAGCUCCAGGGGCUUCAAAAGAAUAUGACCUGGAUCAGGAUUGAUGAACUGGAGCCCCGGCGGCCCCGAUACCGGGUGCCAGAUGUAUUGGUGGCCGAGCCCCCCACGUCUCGGCUUUCCAUCUCUGGCCGUGAUGACAACAGCGUGGAGCUCACCGUGGCUGAGGGACCCUAUAAAAUCAUCUUGACGGCGCGGCCAUUCCGCCUGGACCUGCUAGAGGACCGCAGUCUUUUGCUCAGUGUCAAUGCCCGAGGACUCUUGGAUUUUGAGCACCAGAGGGCCCCCAGGGUCCCUUUCUCGGAUAAAGUUAGUCUCACGCUCGGUAGCAUUUGGGAUAAGAUCAAGAACCUUUUCUCUAGAUACAUGGUAUCUGGUCCCUGUUCCCCUGGCUGGGAGCCCCCUAGGAGAAGGAACAUGAAAUGCUGGGAGUCCUUAAGGAAUGUAAGGCAAGGAUCAAAAGACCCAGCUGAGGGCGGUGGGGCCCAGCCCGAGGAAGCACCUGGGGAUGGUGACAAGCCAGAGGAGACCCAGGGGAAAGCAGAGAAAGAUGAGCCAGAAGCCUGGGAGGAGACAUUCAAAACUCACUCUGACAGCAAGCCAUAUGGCCCCACGUCUGUGGGUUUGGACUUCUCUCUGCCAGGCAUGGAGCAUGUGUAUGGGAUCCCUGAGCAUGCAGACAACCUGAGGCUAAAAGUCACUGAGGGUGGGGAGCCGUAUCGCCUCUACAAUUUGGAUGUAUUCCAGUACGAGCUGUACAACCCCAUGGCCCUUUAUGGGUCUGUGCCUGUGCUUCUGGCACACAGCCCUCAUCGGGACCUGGGCAUCUUCUGGCUCAAUGCUGCAGAGACCUGGAUUGACAUAUCUUCCAACACUGCAGGGAAGACCCUGUUUGGGAAGAUGCUAGACUACCUGCAAGGCUCCGGGGAGACCCCGCAGACAGAUGUCCGCUGGAUGUCGGAGAGCGGCAUCAUCAAUGUCUUCUUGCUGCUCGGGCCCUCCGUCUCUGAUGUAUUCCGGCAGUAUGCCAGUCUCACAGGGACCCAGGCAUUGCCCCCGCUCUUCUCCCUCGGCUACCACCAGAGCCGCUGGAACUACCGGGAUGAGGCUGACGUGCUGGAAGUCGAUCAGGGCUUCGAUGAUCACAACCUGCCCUGCGAUGUCAUUUGGCUGGACAUCGAGCAUGCUGAUGGCAAGCGCUACUUCACCUGGGACCCCAGCCGUUUCCCCCAACCCCUUACCAUGCUGGAACACUUGGCCUCCAAGAGGCGGAAGCUGGUGGCCAUUGUGGACCCCCACAUCAAGGUGGAUUCCGGCUACCGUGUGCACGAAGAGUUGCAGAGCCGGGGUCUGUAUGUGAAAACCCGGGAUGGCUCUGACUACGAGGGCUGGUGCUGGCCAGGCGCUGCUGGUUACCCUGACUUUACCAAUCCCACAAUGAGGGCCUGGUGGGCUAACAUGUUCAGCUUUGACAACUAUGAGGGCUCAGCUCCCAACCUCUAUGUCUGGAACGACAUGAACGAACCGUCUGUGUUCAAUGGUCCAGAGGUUACCAUGCUCAAGGAUGCCCAACAUUAUGGGGGCUGGGAGCACCGAGACGUGCAUAACAUCUAUGGCUUCUACGUGCACAUGGCAACGGCAGACGGGUUGGUGCUGCGCUCUGGGGGCCUAGAGCGCCCUUUUGUCCUGAGCAGGGCUUUCUUCGCUGGCUCCCAGCGCUUUGGAGCUGUGUGGACAGGAGACAACACUGCUGAGUGGGACCAUUUGAAGAUCUCUAUCCCUAUGUGUCUCAGCUUGGGGCUGGUGGGACUUUCCUUCUGUGGAGCGGAUGUGGGCGGUUUCUUCAAAAAUCCAGAGCCGGAGCUGCUUGUGCGCUGGUACCAGAUGGGUGCCUACCAGCCAUUCUUCCGGGCACACGCACACUUGGACACUGGGCGGCGAGAGCCCUGGCUCUUACCAGCUCAGUACCAUGACAUCAUCCGAGAUGCCUUGGGCCAGCGAUACUCCUUGCUGCCCUUCUGGUACACUCUCUUCUAUCAGGCCCAUCGUGAAGGCAUUCCUGUCAUGAGGCCCCUGUGGGUACAUUAUCCUCAGGAUGUGACCACCUUCAGUAUAGACGAUCAGUUCCUGCUUGGGGAUGCAUUAUUGGUUCACCCUGUAUCAGACUCCGGGGCUCAUGGUGUGCAGGUCUAUCUGCCUGGCCAAGGGGAGGUGUGGUAUGACAUUCAGAGCUACCAGAAGCAUUACGGUCCCCAGACCCUGUACCUGCCUGUAACCCUGAGCAGUACCCCUGUGUUCCAGCGUGGAGGGACAAUUAUCCCCCGGUGGAUGCGAGUGCGGCGCUCUUCUGACUGUAUGAAGGAUGACCCCGUCACUCUUUUCGUUGCUCUCAGUCCCCAGGGUACGGCCCAAGGAGAGCUCUUUCUAGAUGAUGGGCACACAUUCAACUAUCAGACUCGCCAUGAGUUCCUGUUGCGUCGGUUCUCGUUCUCUGGCAACAGCCUUGUCUCCAGCUCAGCAGACCCCAAAGGCCACUUUGAGACACCAAUCUGGAUUGAGCGGGUGGUGAUAAUAGGGGCUGGAAAGCCAGCAGCCGUGGUCCUCCAGACAAAAGGAUCGCCUGAAAGCCGCCUGUCCUUCCAGCAUGACCCUGAGACCUCUGUGUUGAUCCUGCGCAAGCCUGGCGUCAACGUGGCAUCUGACUGGAGCAUUCACCUGCGAUAACACAAGGGAUGUUGGGGGGUGGGAAGGGCGCAGUGGUGAUGAGAGUUCCUCUUCCUUCUGCCUUGGAGUUUGACCGUCCCCAGACUUCACCUUUCUUAUCUGAAGACUGAAAUUCUGCCAACAUCUGGGCAGGAUGAGAAGCUGUCCCUGCACUCUGAAUUCUUCCUGUGACCUCCUGACCUCUGCCACCCCGCUGACACCAAGUCUCCCAUCGUCCCUCAACACUCUGUUGCUCUAACUGGAGCACAUUCACCUGUGAAGACCUGGGGACCGUGAGACCCUUGCUUUCCCUUCUUUUUCCUUUCUUUUGGGGGCCCUGAAUCUCCUCUAGACCCUCUUCAUUUAUACCUCUUGUGUGUUGAUGCCAUUUCUUGGAAGAAGAAGAGGGCAGUGAGCUUUAGGGCUCCUUUUCUCCUUCCCCUUCCCUCCCCACCAAACUGCUCUCCUUUUGUUUCUUUCUUCUCCCGAUUCUUCUCUGUCUCAGCCCUCCCCUUUUUAUGCCCCACUGAUACACUGGGACCACCCCUUACCUGAUAAGGGAUGAAUGGAUCAAAGGAGUGAGGUUGCUGGAGAACAUCCUCUUCCCUGUCACCCCAACCUUUCCUCUCCCCGAUUGCUUCUAGAGCUGCUGCAGUUCUGACAGGGGCAGUUCUGUCUCCCCUGUCCUUUGGGCGAAAGAAGUUUCCGCUCUUCCUUAAGAGGAGAUGGGCAUUAAACUUCUUUUGCCCCCUUUUUGUCCCCUCGGGGGGCAUUCAAGAUGGAGAAAUCAGUUGUGGUUUCGUCAAAUCACGGUCACCUGUAUUUAUUGCUGGGAGAAGGCUGAGGGUGGGGGGAGAUGAUCAUGUGUGCCCAGGGUCGGCUUGAAGCCCUGGGUGGGGGGUGGGGGAGGACUAACUGGGGACAAGGGGGAAUAUUUGUGGCAAUUUUUUUUACUUCCUCUUGGCCCCCAGCUGCGACAGGUUUUGAUAAAAGGAGAAACAAUAAAGAGAGAAACCAGUAAAUAA